GUGCUUAAAUCAUCUUUACAGUUUAUUAGCAAAUAAUUCCCUUUCAAAUUUCCCCGAGAUUCUGUAUUAAGGAAACAUGCUACUACAAGUCAAAAGUCUAAUCAGGUCACAGAAUCUAAUGGUUCACAUAAUUUUGCGCAACACAGCCUGGACUACCUGUGGCGGGAAGAGCGCUUCGGCCCAAAGAGCUAACAAAGUUUGAAACUGAUAUAGCUGUGCUAAAAUAAGACAGACUGAGAGAAUGGCGACAGGGAGAAAACAGAUGAAAAAAUACAAUAACGACAAACUUGAUAAAAAACUAUUUGAAUUUAAGCAAGAGGAAGAAAAGAAGGAGCUGAGUGGUUCAGAGGAUGAUGGAAAAGAAGAUAAAAUAUUAGCUGUGGACAAGUCAUCUAAGAAGAGGCCUGCAGCUGACUUUGAAGAGGAGGAACCAACUAGUGCUGUUGGAAAUGAGGUGCAGUCCAUGUUGGAGAAAUUCGGAGCUGACAUUAGCAAAGUAAUGCAAAGCAAAAAGAAACGUCUGGAGAGUCUGACAAAGAACUACAUGAAGGGGAGCCAAAGCAAGCUGGAACAACUGUGGAAUAGUUAUCACAGCCAAAGGCAGAAAGCAACACAGCAGUAUUCUCAGCAGGUUUCUUCUGCGCUGCAGCAGUGGGAGUCCGAAGCUCACCGAGCAGAGGAACAAGAGGAAAAACUCAAUAGUCUGUUCAGACAGCAGCAAAAAAUUCUCCAGCAGGCCAGAGUUGUGCAAAACCAGAAGCUAAAGACUGUCAGAGAGCUCUACGAGCAGUUUAUGAAGAACAUGGAGGAUAUGGAAAAGAGCCAUGAAGCUUUUAUGCAAGGGGCACAACAAGAGCUGAGGAAGGAAAUGGCCACCUUGCAGAAGAAGAUCCUCAUGGACACACAACAACAGGAGAUGGCCACAGUCCGCAAAUCACUGCAGUCCAUGCUGUUCUAAUGUGUUAACUAUGGUUCCAAAAAUUGUGAAAUUAAUGUUAUUAUUGUUACUGUAAUUUUGUCAUACAGUCAGUUUAAUUCCUCUUUGUUGAUUAAUUGAUAGAUUUCUGUUUUUGAAGUUGAAUAAAAAUUUCAGUUUUACUGUAUGUGUUAAAUAUAUUUGAUUCAUCCUCCAGAGAACCUCAAAUGGGUAGUUUUGUGGAGUCAGAUCAGUGACUAGCAGCAUUCAUAGGGAAAGUAAAAUUUAGAAUUGAAAGACAAAAUCGCUGCUAAAAAGAAAAC